AUGCGCCGAGACGGUUGGCCGGCGCUAUGUAUUCAUGGCGACAAAAGCCAGUCAGAGCGUGAUUGGGCAUUAAAUGAAUUUCGAAGUGGCAAAACUCCAAUUUUAUUGGCAACUGAUGUAGCUGCUCGUGGACUAGAUGUUGACGACAUCAAAUAUGUCAUAAAUUAUGAUUACUCGAACAAUUCGGAGGAUUAUGUGCAUCGUAUUGGAAGAACAGGUCGUCGUGACAAAACUGCGAAGCAAACCAUCCCAUCCGAACUGCAACAGAUGGCUAUUUGUGGCUUUGGCAGAUUCGGUGGUGGUGGUGGUGGCUAUAAGCGCAGCUUUAGCGGUGGUGGUGGCGGCGGCGGUGGCAGUUCCUUUGCUAAAAGAACACGGUUUGAUGGCGCUCAGAUGAGUUACGGAGGAAAUUGGUGA